AUGCAUCGGGGAAGUAGUCAAUACCCUUCGCCAAGAGUUACAAGGACAACGAGUUUUGGAAGUAAUGCCAGCACGAGUAGUGGCAGGAGCACGGGAGUCUACAACGAGUGCAUAAAAAAGACCACGAGCUUCGAUGACGAAGAUAGCACAACGGAUUCGUCUUCGGAGAUGGCCGAGGAAGACGAUGAAAGUUCAUGUGGAGUUAUCGAUGCGACACUUGCUCAAGAAGUUUCCAUAUUACGCAAAGAAAUAGAUAGCGUGAAGAGUAGCUUGGCCGGCCUGCAAAAGGAUCGCGUGGAGAUGUUGAAUGAAAAGAAGCAACUCGAAGAGCAAUAUCAUGAAGCGAAAGCCGAGGUUAAAAAAACUUUGGAAACGAGCACAAACGAGUUGCUGUCUUACAAUAGACUGUUGAACGAGAAGAUGGAGAAGCUUUCCUUGGAAUUAUCCAACGUAUCUCCGCUAGAGUCGGAGGAUGGUAGUGAGUGGCCUGAUGCAUAUGCUACCAUAAUGAGCAAUUGUGUUAACCAAGCGAAAGAAUUAGAACUGCUUCAAUCCCAAAUUGAGAAGAGUAAAGAGGAUUUUCGAUUGCUACUGAGUGUCAAGGAUGAAAUUGAACGCACCCUCGAGGCAAAGGAACACGAGUACCUGGAAAAGAUACGGCAAUGUGAAGCUGUGACGAGUGGUCAAGCUGGCAUGAUCGAUUCCAUGGAAUCCUUAUUGAAAGACCUCGAGGGGAAGAUGGAUAAAUUGAUAAACGAGAAGAUACAACAGCAGCAGGCUGCUGCCAUCGGAAAGAAGAAGACUCAUCGUAAGCAAAAGUCGAGCAUAAGUUCAACGGCGUCGUCGCUUCGUCGUCAAAGUAGUAGCGGUGGCGUUGAACAGUUGAAGAAACCACCGCCAAGUAUGAGCGGAACGUCGACACCGAGUAGGCAUCGUCAUCAAUCAAGCAUAAGUUCGAUCUCUCAAAUCUCUCAUGCACCGAUCGUUGCCGAACGAGAGCACAUUCGACCGGUAUCCCCGGCCCCCUCAAAAGACUCUUCCACAAGCAACCUCCCUACUUCGGAUCUGAUCCCUCCGUAUUGCAUAUCGCCUCCUCAGGUUCGCCAGAAGGUCGAGAAUCCGAUAACGUUUCUCACCGAUGAAGCAAGAAUUCAACAUCAAUCUCGAUUCAGCCUGGCAAAACGAUGGAUCGAAGAUGAUGAGGUGUCGGGGUGCCAACACGAAUCAU